AUGUCAGCAUCGGGAGCAGAUCUGGACGACGCAUCCAUCUCUAGAGCAGAGCCGGAAUCUUCGGAUGAGUUGGAGCGCGUGACGGAGAACAUUUGGACGGCGAUGGGCGAUGUGCUGAGGUGCCUAAAGCCGGAGUCCGAGUCCGCGCCAUUUGCAGUCACGUUGAAGCUGCUGCAGUCGCUGGUCGGGGGCGCGCGGGCGGUAGUCUCGAGCCAUCAGCCCGGCGGCGGCGACACUAGCGUCAAUAGCGUAGCGACGGGAACGACGGCCACAUCGGUUUCGGGAACAGGGAGCACCGCGUCUGCGCCUGCCACGCUGUCCGUCACUGCACCCACGCCCACGACGAUGCACGCCUGCUACAUUCUGAGCAGCAUGCUCAGCUCGCCUGCUCCGCAUGCUCUGGACAUGUCGGCGCUCAAGAGCAAUGCCAACGAUUGGUGGGCUGCCAGCGGCAGGGAAAACUUUGUCAAGGGCGGUGGUGCUGGUAAUGCGGAGGGCAUGGACGAGAGUGGAGAGAGCUUGACCACAAAAGCCAUCUACCAGCUCGUCGCUCAGCGCAUCGUCAGACCCAAACACGUGGGCGGUGGAAGGAUUUUGAGCUUCGCUUGA